AAACAGCCCAUCUCGUCGCUCACCAAGCUCUUGCUGGAACUGUCUUCUACUACCACCCUGCCCAGUUUGCUGAAAUCAGCUUCAGAAGUCUCACUUGACCAGAAGCUGCUGCUGGGUACUAUCACGCCGGGAAUAAACGGAACACUCUCGGAUCUCUCUGGCAUUUCGAAAUCUCGUCCACCAUCAAAUAAUAAUGAUGGCUCCAACGCUUCGCCGUUGACGAUUUCCAUCAAGACCAAUGCAACUAACGGCGUAACCAACGGCUCUGUGGUAAACGGAGAUUCUUCAACCCCAAAAUCAACGUCAGUGGUUAAUGGAUUUGAUCCUCUACCAGGAGCAACGUCUAAUUUCACACCUAUUUCGCCCAAAAAUAACACCAGACCUUAUGCCAACUCAAUCUCCAGUAACUACGGCAAUGCUGUACCUUCCAACAUUACGUCAACCUCCAGCCCCAGAGUCAUUCGUAACAACUCUGUUUCUCACUCAUCGUUUCUUGCUUCCGGCGGAUACGGUGGAGAGAGUUUACUGUCGUCAAUUCCGUACUCUGCUCCUGGCGGAAGAGCGAAUAGCACUACCGCUGGAGUUCUGUCAAUGGGAAAUACUGGAUCAAUCCACAGCAAUUCUCUGAGUCUGACGCUAUCGACGUUGGGGGAGCUGGUUUCGUCUGGAGCUCACAUUCCGAAUUUGCCGAACGGCCAGCCAAUUCAGUCGAUUCACAUCCAGUCUCCACAAGUUAGUCUGCUGGCGAUUGAGCCUCGAUUCGUUAUCUCUAAACAGAGGGUUGCACAGGCUCAGGCUGCUCAGGCAGCUUCUUUGAGUUCUUCGCAAAGAUCCGGCUCUCAGUCUGGUCUUUCCUACUUUUUCUCUAACAAGACCAAACCGGCCACGAAACGAGAAUCAACGUCUUCCACUGAUUUGGGCUCGUUCUACAACAACUCGUACCACGACCAAGUCAUUGCCAGCUCGCCAUCCUCAAUUUCUUCUCUGGAGUCACAGGCUUCAUUCACCCCUCAAACCAGACACAAUUCUAUGGCCAACUUAAAGAGGUUCUUCAAGAAGUCCAAUACACCUCAAGCUACUUCUCCAGCCGUUUCCAACUUGUCCAGCUCGUUAAGAUCCGCCGGAGUUUCACCUGGAGUGUCUAUUCCCUCUACCUCCGGUAUCAGCACACCCGGUAGUGGAUACCAGCCCGGAUCUUAUGGGCCCUCUAUCUCGACGUCGUCUUCUAACGCUUCGUACUCGCAGUCUCCCGGUGGUACUGGAUUCACUGUGGGUGGUGGUUCUAUCAGCAGAUCGUCUUCUAUUCUUCAGAACAAGAUCUCCUACCAAGAGAGAAGACAGUCUGUUCUGACGUUGAUCAAUUCUCAACAACAGCUUCCUUUCUCUAAGAGGUAUGGAAAGUUUGGUGAGUCACUUGGUGCCGGAGCUGGUGGAGCAGUCAAGUUGGUCAACCGGUUAUCAGAUAAGAAGGUGUUUGCUGUUAAAGAGUUCCGUGCCAAGUAUCAGAAUGAAUCAAAACGUGACUAUGCAAAGAAGAUCACUGGUGAAUAUUGUAUUGGUUCCACUUUGAAACAUCCAAACAUCAUCGAAACUGUAGAAAUCUGUUAUGAAAAUGAGCGUAUCUAUCAAGUCAUGGAGUACUGUGACUUUGACUUGUUUGCUAUCGUAAUGUCUAACAAGAUGUCACGUGAAGAAAUCAACUGUUGCUUCAAGCAGAUCUUGUCCGGGAUCCACUAUUUGCAUUCGAUGGGAUUGGCGCAUCGAGAUUUGAAAUUGGACAACUGUGUCAUCGACGUCAGAGGGAUUGUUAAAAUCAUCGAUUUCGGUUCAGCUGUUGUUUUCUCAUAUCCAUUUACCAAGACUCUUAUUGAGUCCCAAGGCAUUGUAGGUUCAGAUCCAUACUUGGCUCCCGAGGUGUGUGUAUUCAACAAAUAUGAUCCCAGACCUGUAGAUGUGUGGUCUGCUGCCAUCAUCUACUGCUGUAUGAUGUUGAAGAAGUUCCCAUGGAAAGUGCCCAAGUUGUCCGAUAGUAGUUUCAAGUUGUUUGCCUCACGUGGAGAGAUGAUUCCCAUCAGCGAAAUGUUGAAGAAAACACCUCAGGACAUCCAGGACAAGGAGAACUCUGCCGAAGGACUCAAUCUUGAAGACGUAGCCAAAGAAGUUGGGAACAUUGAGAAGAGCGAAGGCAAAGCUCAUACCUCCACUGAAACUGGAGCUGGUAGAUUGCUUCUUGCUUUGCCUGAAGACUGCCGUCCCUUGAUUGGCAGAAUGGUGGAGUUGGCGCCUGCAUGUCGUAUUUCUAUCGAGGAGUGUUUCAAUGACGAGUGGUUGAACUCAGUCAGCAUGUGUACAGUGGAAGCAGCUGUCCUUGAAGAUGGAAGUAGCUCUCAUGAAGUCGUCAGUUGCGAGGACCACGAACACACCAAAGUGGACCAAUCCAAGGCACACAUAGCUGCGUUUGAAAAGAACAAGAAGAAGUAG